GUCGCGCGAAUACGGCGCGCUGAAGAGGAGGAGCUCCGACGACGCGUGGAGGAGGCCGAGCACGACAAGCGACGAAGAAAGGAAGAAGAGCUCCGACUGCAGAUGCAGCGAGAGGAGGAGGCUCGCCGGGCGAAGCUCGAAGAAGAGCGCCUUCUCGAGCUGAUGCAGCCGAGGAAGUGCCAGAAGUGCGAAGGUUCUGGCCGCUGUGCCAACUGCCAGGGAGAGGGCUCCGUGGACGUGCUUUUCCUCGCGCCGUCGGUGGGUUCCAGGCCGAUGCCCAUCUUGCAGGGCCGGCGCCCCCGAGGCUGCAGGCUCUGUGGUGGAGCCGGCGACGGCGCCCUUCUCCGGGACUUCGUCGCGGGGAGCGGCAGAUGUGACGUCUGCAAGGGCGAGCGCUUCAUCAAGCCGCCCCCAGGUGGCUUCAAGACGCCGGCAAAAGCAGAAGCUACACCCAGGAGGACCUCGCGGGAAUACGAGGCCUUGAACGGGUCCAUGCCGGAUGCUAGCGCCUUGAUGUUGCAGGUUUGGAGAAUCCACCUGCAACGUCGCCUCGCUCCCGUUCACGCCAUCUCUGGCUUUGCCGCUUCAAAGAGCGACGAGGACGCGGCCCUGGCACCGAGCGCUCCGGCUGAGCAGGGACGCAGCGGAGCUUCCAAGCCCAGCAGCGAAGCCAUGGAAAAAAGACUGCAGCGCCUCCACAGUGCUUUGACGCAUGCGUAG